CCCCUAAUCCCUGUGUAGUCUAGAUCAGGGAGUAGUACAAUACCGUAUUGUACUCGUACUUCGUAGAUCUACUACUAAGUACUCCCUGCCUGGUCUAGAUUCUACCCGGUGCAGGUGCGGCACAUGAUCUGAUGAUUGUGCACGUGUGGGUCCUGUGCAUGACUGCAUGUGCCAUGUGGGACCGGGAGCCUCUUGCAGUCUUUUGACUUUUGUCAGUUUGACGAAAAUGAAGAUGCUGUGCAUGUGCAUUUAUUUCUUCCUUCUCGCGCCGCACUGACAGUCGGUUUUUGGCUGGCUGUUCGCUGUUCGUAGUGACUUGAGUCAACAGACAAGAAGUAGAGAAAGCGAGAAAAGUCUGCUUCAAAUGAAGUGUGUGAAGGCGAACUUUCGUCAUCUUUGCCAUUUUUGGCCAGUUCACAAUUUCAGUACUUGCAUGUUGAACGAUUCUUGAAAUUUGAAUUUGUCAAAAAAUAAUCUAUGUCAGUGUCAGCCUUUGGGUUCAGACCGAGAGAAGCUCCCCAAGGCAAUGGAGUUAGUUUGAAAAAGCAUGGAGGAUAAGUGUCUGCUGAGUUCCGGAGGUGGUGGCUCGCCAGCAUCACUCUCACGUACGAAUUCAGAAAGUAUAAGGACUCUGAGUGAGAAGCAGGAUAUUGUCAAGAACCUCUGUAUCAAUGACAGUCAAGCUACAAGGAACGUCAGCGAACCGGUGGACAGCGACGUGUCUGACAGGAGUACUUCGCCGUACCUUCACUCCAGCACGGAAGUAGCACGCAACAGGCGGCUGUGUGGAAUAAGCGAUGCUGAAACUCUGCUCCAUAUUGUGAAGGGCAACAUUGGUACAGGCAUUAUCGGUCUGCCCUACGCCUUUAUGUUUGCCGGAUUUGCUGUUGGCUUUGCCAGUAUGGUGUUAGUGUGCGUGGUGGCUGUCUACUGCAUGCUGAUGUUAGUACAAGCAAGUCAUCGACUCUGUGACCUCCAUAACAAGCAGCAGCUGGACUACGCUACCACAGCGGAGCUAAGCAUUGCCGUGAGAUUCACGCGUGCCGGACUACCAAAGCUAUUUCGGCGCACUGUGAAUGCUUUCCUGAUCAUAACACAGCUUGGUUUCACCGCUAUCUACUUUGUCUUCAUAUCGAAGAAUAUGGCGCAGGUGCUGGAAGCUAUGCGCUACGACCUGGACUAUCACUACCUCAUCCUGAUCUUUAUACCCGUACUAAUCGUUGGAGUGUGGAUACGCGACCUGAAGCAGAUAGCCAUCUUCUCCGGCAUAGGCAAUGUCCUGCAGAGCAUCUCUAUUGUCAUCAUUCUCUACUACCUGUGCGGCCACUUGCACUGGUCCGACACACGCCUCUAUCCGAAGAAGGUCUCCGACAUGGCACUGUUCUUCGGCCUGGCAGUGUUUUCCGUGGAAGGAAUCGGUGUGGUUAUGCCCCUGGAGAAUGAUAUGAAGAAGCCGAGACACUUCCCUGCAAUAGUGAUUGGUGGCAUGUCGUUCGUGUCCACCUUGUUCCUGCUCGUCGGCUCGUUUGGGUUCAUCUGUUUCCGCGAAGAUACCCUGGGUAGCAUCACACUCAACCUACCCGGUGACUCUCAUGAUCCUAACAAUCUACCCUACAUCUACGUCAAGCUCUUCUUCACCUUUGCCAUCAUGUCAUCCUAUCUGGUGCAGUUCUACGUGGCCAUUCAGAUAAUCGAGCCGUUCAUUUUCAAGCGCCUAGGCGACUCUGAGCGAAAGCGUGCCCUGGUUAGUCAUGCCCUGCGAGCAGGACUUGUCAUUGGAGCUGCUGGCCUGGCAGCCGGUGUGCCCAACCUGGGUCUGUUCAUCUCCUUGGUGGGCGCCCUAGGCAGCAGUGCGUUGGCCAUCAUCUUUCCGCCCAUCAUCCACAUGGCCGUCUUCUGGAACGACCAUCCUGGCGUGCUCUGGAAGAUUCGCAAUAUUCUGAUUGCGUUCAUCGGUAUUCUUGGCAUGGUCACGGGUACGUACGCCACUGUUGUGGAACUCAUAGAGACGCUGGCAGACGAGCACAAAUGACCUGCUAAGUCAUGCCACUACUGACUACUGCAGGUGUGCCCGGCCUGGGUCUGGUGGAACCCUGUGGGGGGGGACAUUGUGUGGCAGUUCUAUUGUGAUGCUGCCAACAGCUACCAACAGCCACCGAGAAUGCCACAACGCAUUGCACAGAAAUUAUCUCCAAUACAUAUUGUGUGGACCCGGUGGGGGGAUAUUGUGUUGCAGUUCUAUCGUGAUGCUGCCAACAGCCAAUGAGGCUGCCACAACGCAAGACACAUAGAAUUACCCCGAAUAAAUAUUGUGUGAAUACUGGAUUGUUCCCAUGCAGGAUUGAAUUUGAGAGUUUAUCAUUAUGGUCAUCCAGGUGAUGAUCAGUGCUGAUUUAAGUCAUUCCCAUACUACUACAUACUACUAGUGGAGUUGAGCUUGACUGUUGCUGUUGCUUCUGCCCAUAUUAUUAUUCCAAUACUCAGCAUACUGCUGCUGCUGCUGCUUGUGCAAUGUUAAAUAAUUAUUCCGAUACUGCGUAUGCUGGCUGUACGUGCAGUAUCGUAAAUUAUUUUCCUGCUCGCUGUGUUCCGUCUUUUUGGUUGCACAUAGUAUUUUAUUCCGCUGCCAGAUGCACAUGCAGCGACUGUGCACAUUACACACACUUUUCAU